AUGACCACCCAGAGGCAGGCCAACGAGGACGCUUACUCCCGCGCGUCCAGUCCUGAACAGACCAUCGCUGGCGACGACGAAGACCUACAUGGCGAGCAUGUCGAAUUUGACGAGCCGCGGAAAGUAACGCCGCUGCCGAAACUGCAGCUGUUCAUCGCCAUCUUCAUUCAGGUCGCAGAGCCGGUGACCUGCACCGUCAUUUACCCUAUAGUCAACGACCUGAUUAGGUCGCUCGGUAUAACGCACGGUGAUGAAACCAAGACUGGCUACUACGUGGGCAUCGUGGAAUCUAUAUUCUACGCAGCAGAGUGCCUCACGGUGAUGCACUGGGGACGUGCAUCCGACAUCGUCGGUCGCAAACCAAUACUAUUGGGUGGAAUGGCGGGCCUGGCCUUAUCGAUGUUCGGCUUUGGUCUUUCAAAACGAUACUGGCUACUACUCCUCAGCCGGGCACUACAGGGCGCCUUCAAUGGCAACGUUGGUGUCACCAAGAGCGUCAUGGCGGAGAUCACAGACGCAACUAACGCUCCCCAGGCUUUUGCCUUUCUCCCUGUAGCUUGGUCUGUCGGAUCUACUUUAGGACCUGCAAUAGGAGGGGCUUUCUCCAACCCGGCCGAGAGGUGGCCAAAGCUUCUUGGACAUAUUGAGUUCCUACGCGCAUUUCCGUUCUUUUUGCCGUGUUUCGUUGCGGCGUUGGUGCCAGUUUUGGCCUUCCUUUUGGCUUCCGUUGCAAUGAAGGAGACAGCACCCAGUGUGCUUCGCAGACGGAAGCAGCGAGAACUCCUCGCUGAUCGUACAUCGGCGUCGAUCAACGAAGAGCGUCGGGCAUGCUCAACCUAUGGUGCGGUGGACUCGGAUGACGUUCUCGUCCGACAACCCGACAGACCACGCUCGGUCGAUUCCAUGACCGAAACCUCGGAAACCGAUGCUCUGCUCUCCAAGACUACUGCUCCAUCCUUCCGAUCCGUCUUCAUCCCCCAGGUCCUUAUCCCAAUCACCAACUUUGCAUUCCUCGCCUUUCUUGACCAAUGCGUUUUGGUGCUCAUCCCACUCAUUUACUCCACCCCACUCUCAUUAGGUGGGCUCAGCAUGGCACCAUCUAAAAUCGGUGGCAUUCUCGGUGUGUGGGGUGUCCUGAAUGGGCUCUUCCAGGUCCUGUGCUUUGCAUGGGUCAGGAGGAAGCUGGGACAUCGGACAACGUAUAUGGUUGGUAUUGCGGGUAUGGGUGUGGUGUUUGCCAUGUUCCCUAUUUUGUCGGCGUUGGCGGGGCUCGAAGGCGGCCAAGUCGGGCCCGCCGUGUACCUGGGCAUCGCGUUCCAAUUGGGAUGUUAUUCAUUCUCGUACAUGUCUUACGCUUGUAUGUUCUUGUACAUUGGCGCUGCUGCUCCGUCACGGGAGACGCUGGGUACGACCAAUGGGCUGGCACAGCUUACUGCAUCGGGUGUGAGAGCUUUGGCGCCGACCACAGCCUCUUCACUUUUCUCCAUUUCGCUGUCUUUGGCGUCGAGGGGUGGACGCCUGGGAUAUCUAGGAGGUUUGAUGGUAUAUGUUGUGCUGAACAUUAUCACCGUCGCGUCUCUGACUUGGAGUAAGCGGUUGGAUCGCGAACUCCGGCAGAGGAGAGAUUGA